AUGGCAUCUCCAGAUAUUGCUUGGUUGAUUACCCGAAAAAACUCUUGCUUUCUUGUAAAGCGCAACGGAAUCCGGCUUUCUCGUGAGCCUGGCAACCUUCGCAACUUGCACUCCUUCAAGUACUCUGGUAUUGUUGGCAAAAAGGUUGUCGAUAUUUCUGCUAGCGCCAAGGGUGUUGCCAUCACCCGUAAGAAGACUACCGUUUCUUGCGCCAAGCCAUCUGCAUCCACCACCACCGUAGAUAUUGCUGGACCUACUCGUUGCGCUGCCAAGAGCAUCAAAAACCUUGUCAAGUUUUAUCGUGGCGAUCUCCUUGCUGAUGCCCUUGCCCGCACCUCUCGCAUCCUCGAGUCGAAAAAGACUCCCAAGCCUCUCAAGACCAAGUCUGUUCGUGGCUCCAGAGCAAAGAAACUUUAGUUUAAAUAAAAGCAAGUCCACAACUUUA